GAAAAAGCGGAAGUGAAAGGUAAAUGAGUGGGCGUAGCAGGGCAAUGCAUUCCAAGGUUAACCCUUGACUUUGCGCAGAUGUAAAGAGAAGAUUUGCGCAGAUGUAAUGAGAAGAUCUGUCUCAGAUGUAAUGAGAUGUGCAUGCUCUUGCCUGAUCACUCUACUAGUCUAUGUAAGUCAGUAGAAAGCUAGCCAACCUAGUUUUUUAAGAGUCAGGUAAGUAGACUCUUCAUUGUCUGCAUGCAGUAUAGACUGGAUAUAGUCUGCAGUAUAGACUCUAGCUAGCUACAUGCACAAUGACUGAAUUAAUUAUGUCUGUACACUGAGCUAGAUUUAACAUUACAUUCAGCCAGUCACCUAACUCUUACUUGUACUCCAGUUAAUUGAUACCUGGCUCUACUGAAACACGUCGAGCCACUCUCGGACUUUUCCCGUGAACAGAUUUGUAAACGAGAACCCUGAAAGAAUAUGUUCAUUGUUGGUCUUAGACAAGCAGGUAUCACCCAAUAUGUUACUAUACAUCAUUUUGAUUGACUGGGACUUGCUUAGCAACUUUCUAGAUUUUCCGAGAGCAGUGAAUUAUUGAAUUAAUGAUAGAUUAUUAGGACUCUGAAAUGUUCAUGUUUCACCAAUAUUGUUAUUCUAAACUCAGUGCAGAGAUAGCCUUUUGAGUAAGCUCGUGACCGAAGGUCCAAUCAGUUUUGACUAUAUAGGUAUCGAAUUAACUAUACUUAGACUCUACGAUGAUGGUCGAUAUACACUGCAUGACCAAUAUAGACCUAUAAUGAUUGUCAAGCGGCUCAUAACAAACUUCAAAAUUGAAGUAUACUAGGUUUUACAUGUAUAGAUUCUACUAUAGAUGUAGUACAAUGACUGAGGGUAUCCAUGAGUCUGCAGGUAAGUGGAUCUUACAUUAAUUGAUAGUAUGUGAGUGUAAAUUCUACCAAUUAAGAUCCAACACAGCUACACCAACAUCAGUUAAGUCCCCUCAGUGUAUAUAUACAGCUAUACAAUAGAUCUGGCUACAUGGAUGAGCUUAUGAGCAGUGACGAUGAAGUUGGCAGUGAUGAUGCUGCAAUACUAGAGAUUGAAGAAGAAAUGAGAGAGAGUGAGGAAAGCUCAGAUUGUGCUGAAUCAGAAGGUGAUUCUGAUGCCUCCAAAGCACUUUCUGACACAGUAAUUUCAUCACGAAAACGCUUUCCAAGUUUAAGUCAUGAAGUGCACAGACAUCUUGCUUACAUCUUAGAUGGCAACCAUAUCCCCACCAAAGAUCGGAGUGCCCCAAUGAAAAAGGCCUACUACUAUCGAUACACACAUCAUGAAAGUCUGUCAGUGUGUGAAAUGAAAAACCCAUUAACUAACCAGAAUGAAAAGCGUAUACUUUUCCAGGAAAAUGCGACGACUCAGAAGGUCAUUGUGUUGCGAACAGAAGAAAAAGGAAAAUGCAUUGCUUUCUAUUACGAUAGAUCAAAGGGAGACGGGGCAAGAAAGAUUAAAAAGAGAAUCGAUGAUGUGUUCACUGGCAUUAGUGAAGAUGAGGUGCAAAAAUACAUCAAUAAAUCUCAACUCAACCAGAAAAUCAAGGGGAGAUUUGAGAAUAAACCACGCUUACGUCCAGUGCAUUCAAGCAAUCCUUGGCAUCAAGUUCAGAUAGAUCUAAUGAGUAUGAUGGACUAUCCCGUAGAGAUACAAGGCAAGGUAUACAAGUGGAUACUGUCAUGCAUUGAUGUCUUUUCGAGGUACCUUAUUUUGCGGCCUCUCUACACAAAGCAAGCAUCAGCAGUUGCGACUGAACUUCUCCAGAUUUUUGCUGAUUUUGGAACUCCGGUUCGGCUUCAGUGUAACAGAGGUUCUGAGUUCCGUGGGUGUGUCAAUAAGGUUGCUACAAUGCUGAAAGUGAAGAUCAUUCGAAGCAGUGCUAUAGGCAUCCUCAAUCCCAGGGCAAGGAUGAAAGAUCUCACCGAACCAUUCGCAGCAAAAUUCGUUACGAUUUAACGAAAAACCUCGAAGAGAUAUCCUCAUUGGAGAAGGAUAGUACUGACAGUAACAACUGGGUGCUGGCUCUACCCGUUUACCAGAUGAUAUAUAAUAGCGGUCAUCAUAAAUCAAUAGGAAUGUCUCCAUUCGAGCUCUUUUUUGGGCGUCGUUCAAACUACAACUUGCACCCAAUGAAUGAAAGGGAUCAAAGUGAAAGAGAAAACGACGAUACUCAAACUGCAGUGUCUGAUGAAUCUUCAGUAGAGGAUUGUGAGUCUUUCAAAGGAGUGAACUUGGCCCAAGUAUCAAAAGAUGCCAUUGAAUCCCAUAUCACAUUGACCAAAGAGAUCAGAAAGAUAGGAGCAUUGGUAUCGAGUGCAGCUGAAAAGAUGAUGGUUUCAAAACAUGCCUCUAAAACCCCCCCAUCUGUGUACCAAGUCGGUGAUGAACUUCUUGUUCAGUUUAACAAGAACAAAAAUUGUACCAAGAUCAAAGGCAAAGGUGUUUCUGCUCCACGCUGUUACAAUGGGAAAGUGGUAGAGAGAAAAUUGAAGACCAAGAAAUACAAGGUCAGUUUUGAGGUUGAGGGAAAGUCUACCGUGGAGUGGUUCAGUGUAACCGAGCUGUCCUCUGUUACUCGACUGGAAGAGAAGAUGAGGAAAAAAGAUGAUGAUGGUGGUGAAGGCAAGAGACCUGGUGCUUCUCCUUCUUCAAGCAGAUCAACAGCAGUUGGAAAUGAUAUUUCAAAGGCUGUUGAUAUUGAGAAAAGGAAAGGAAAGAAAAGGAAGAAACAAGAACGAAAGAAAGACUGGAAAAAGAAGUAUGGUGUGAGUUCCAGUGAUUUGACCAUCCAUCAAGCUCCAAACUCAGAUGAUGUGAUGAUGAAGCUACCACCUUAUUCGAUUACCUACCAGCACUUUGUAGAGUUAACCAAUGGACUGUUCACUGUGAGGUAUGAAUAUCAGUUGAUUAUUUUGGUGUAUGUAAUUAAUAUGUCACUGUCGAUUUUAUAAUGCAUACAUGCGUGUGCUGAUCCCUAUAAUAUAUAUUAUAUGCAGUUGGUUGAUCUGUACGCAUUGAUGCUGUCCUGUGUCCUAUGCAUUGAUGAGAAUGCAGUUUGGAUAAUGUCUUCUUCAUUGUACUACCUGAUGCAAUCUGCUGAUAUGUCAGGUGUUAUGGGAGCAGUUAAAAACAUUCCAGGCACAGUCUUCCAAACUGGAAAAGCUCUGUUACCUGUACUAUGUGAACGGCAUUACAUGCUAUUGGUAAUCGACUUUGGAAUGAAGAAUGUGUUCGUGUACGAUUCCCUUGACUUCUCUGAUUUCAACGACACGACAUUUGACAGCCCCACAUUGAAGCCUGUCUGGUAU